UUCCCUUCACAAUUUUUAUCACUUUUUGUUUUGGAAUUUCAAAAUUCUUGUGUCCAAACGCCGACUUAAACCGCUCCUCCAAUGUUCCCUCUUCAGUCCUCAUGCCAUUGCGAUUCUUUCUAUAGGCAAAGAUCUCAGUGAAUCAGCCUUCAAUCUACAAAGAUCCAAAUGAAACAAAUCGUGAAGAUUUUGACGAUAGUUUUUGGGGUAUCCGCCCUUUGGAUAGGCUUGCUGCAGACAUCAGUGGUUCCAGAGAACUAUACUUGGCUGUUGCCUCUAUACUUCAUUGUGUCCCUUGGAUGCUAUGGUCUCUUAAUGGUAGGUGUUGGUCUCAUGAAAUUUCCCACGUGCCCGCAAGAAGCUGUUUUCUUACAGCAGGACGUUCGUGAAGCCAAGGAGUUGUUGCAGAAAAAAGGGGUUGAUGUUGGCUCUGAUUGAUCUGGUUCAUGAAAACUAAGUUUGGUUGUUUACUUAAAAUACAUCCCAGCCCGCAGGAAGAAUUAGCCAGUCAUCAACUCACCAAAGUUGCUGUGGUUUCCAGAAGACUUUGUAACUGAUCUUGAUACAUGUAGAUUUCAAUUUUUGCUCCUACUGGUA